AUGCAGUUCAAGUUCAUCGCUGCCGCCCUCGCCUCUCUCGCUGCCACCAGCGUUAUUGCAAACCCACUGCCAUACCCUGAGGCAGCUCAGGGCGCUGAGAUCAUGGCUCGUGCCGAGCAGGCUGAGCAAGCUCAGCAAGCUCAGCAGGCCCAACAGGUAAAGCAAGGAAAGCAAUUCUUUGGUGGUCCAGGCGGCCUUGGAAACAACUGGGGACAGCCUGGAUUCGGCAACCAGAACGGAUUGACCGCAUUCGGCUUCGGUGGCGGCGGUGUCAGCCUCCAAGGCAAUGGCUUCAAUGGCAACGGUGGCUGUCCUCCGCAGCUCCAGUGCUGGCAAUGCAAUGGCUUCAACCAGGGCUGGGGAGGAGGCCAGUGCGGCUGGGGUCAAUUCCAGGGCUGCCCUUGCUGGUAA